AUGAGCUAUAUUUCAAAUAUAGCUACAAUUGGAUGGCCAGUAGGUGUGUGGAUCGAUGCUGGUAGUCGAUUCGAAAAUGACAAGAAUAACGGUGUUGCCCAUUUCCUAGAACAUAUGGCUUUUAAGGGUACAAUGAAACGUUCACAGUCAGCUUUGGAAUUAGAGGUGGAAAAUAUGGGUGCACAUUUGAAUGCAUAUACUUCGAGAGAACAAACAGUGUAUUAUGCGAAAUGUUUUUCACAGGAUGUUGAUCACGCUGUAGAAAUUCUUGCCGACAUAUUACGUAAUAGUCAGCUGAGAACUGGCGAAAUCGAACGUGAACGUGGUGUAAUAUUGCGUGAAAUGCAAGAGGUUGAACAAAAUUUGCAAGAGGUUGUGUUCGAUCACCUCCAUGCUGGUGCUUUCAAGGAUUUGGUGAAGUACAUAAAUGAACACUACCGAGGACCUCAUAUGGUACUAGCAGCGGCAGGCGGUAUUGAUCACCAAAAAUUGGUAGAGCUAGGCAAACAAUACUUUGGCGAUUUAGGUGGCGCUGAUGAGAAUUUCGUAGCUGAAUCUGGAAAGUUUGUCGCAAGCUAUCAGGACAUCCGGGAUGAAAGGAUGUCGAUGGUAUUUGGUGCAUUAGCUGUUGAAGGAGCUUCGUGGACCCAUCCUUAUAAUAUUCCUCUGAUGGUUGCGAAUACGUUGAUUGGACAAUGGGAUCGAACAAAUGCAGUUGGAAUCAAUGCACCAUCGCGUUUGGGUCAAAGUUUGGGUUUAAAUGCUCGAGUUCAAUCAUUUCAAGCUUUUAAUACGUGCUACAAAGAUACCGGUCUAGUCGGUGUUUAUUUCGUAUGUGAACAAAGCGGAGCUCGUGCUGUUGUUGACAGUAUCACGCAGCAAUGGAUUGACUUAUGUGAUAAUAUAACUGAGGAAGAGGUGGAAAGAGGAAAACGAUCAUUACUGACAAAUAUGUCUCUUAUGCUCGAUGGAUCCACACCAAUUUGUGAGGAUAUUGGGAGGACUUUUGGUACCCAUGCUGAUAGCGGUAUGAAACAUGCGCGAUCCAAAAAAUGUUUUCAUUUGGUAAAACGUUCUUCCAGUGUCUCACGACCUCUGAUUAAUACAUACCUUAUAUGGCUGGCAUUUUCCGACACGGCCUUGCUAAUUAGUGCCGCGCUAUUAUACUGUAUACCGGAAUUUUUCAUAUCACUGGGUAAUUAUGCUCGGUUUUUUCCAUCUUAUUAUUUGCUUAGUAAUGCAUCCCUAACAGCAUCUGUUUGGCUCAUGUGUGUGUUGAUGUUCGAGCGGUAUCGUGCAUUUUGCAGACCAUUAGAUAGUCACGUGAAACCGCAAAGGAUACAUCGAACUCUUUCCUUAGUAUCUCUGUUGGCAUUAAUCUUUUCACUUCCAAGAUUUUUCGAAUUGUCUGUUUAUGAGCUGGACGGUGAAUAUCAUGUGAAUCAAACAUUGCUUGUAGAAACACGUGCCUAUAUGGUUGGUUAUCGAAUAAUUGGUGGGAUGCUGUUCUAUUCUUUAUUUCCAUACGUCAUACUAUUCAUAAUCUCGGCUCGUAUAUGCUUUGCUAUACAUGCCGCUAACAAGCAGCGGCAAAAUUUUAUUGCUACCCCUAAUGUUACCCAUUUCAGAAGCACUGACUGUGAACUAGUCCUCAUUACUGUAGUGGCUAAAUUCCUUAUUUCACGACUAAUGCCAACUGCUUUAGAUUUGGCGGAACAUAUCAUUAGUUCCUCGGAAUUUCUAGCUUCCACCACUGCCACAUUUUUUGUGGACAUCAGUAAUCUUAUCGUUGUCAUAUCCAGUGCUACGAAUUUUUUUAUUUAUUUCACUCUGUCACGAGCAUUCCGACGUACUGUCUUUAACUCUCUUCCAAACCUCAAUUUCCAACUUACUAUCUUCCGAGGACAGAAACGUUAUUUCACUGUACAGCGUCAUGCGGUGGAAACAGUAUGUAUACCGCAACCAACGUUAAACGAAGUAAGCAAAAGUACUGUGUCUGUUGUAGAUGGUCGUUUACUGUCUAUCAUCGAAGUACACAUCUAA